AUGCCAUCGCCACAGCCGGUGCUCCUGUCGUCCGGAAACGCGCAAGACUUCUCCAGCUUCCUGCUCCCCAACGGUACGGGCAGCCUGACGGUCGGGCAGGGGCUGCAAGUCACCGUCGCCUGUCCCGGCUCCAGUUUCCUCCUGCUGGAUAACGCUGGCGACCACGUGACUGCCGAGUGCUUGACCGACACCAGGUUCUCCGUCAACUCCGUGGAGUACACCCUCAACGCACUGGCGUGUGCCGAGGCUAUCACGCCCACGGCGCGCUACACCAGCACCUCGUGCGGCGCCUUCGGACACUUCUCCAUCGUCGAAGUGGGUUUCGUUGUGGGCACCGAGUUCUACCGCCUGUACGACGUUUGCUUCUCCAACAAGACCUUGACCACUUUCUACACUCAUCACACCAUCCCCUCCACCAUCGCCGGGGCUCAGGUGACUGAUCUCUCGUCGGCCAACUGGACCGACAGCGGCUUCUACGGGGAUGUGGACAUCGAAGCUGCGUACUCGCAACAGAACUUGACCAUUGGCGACCUACUUAACACAACCGUUGACGACUACUUCGCCGAGGGUCGGCUGGAGAGAGGCGCCCUCGCCCCAGCGACAGACUUCAUGCUGGAAGCGCAUCAAGUGGCCACCUUCUUCGGCGUCAACUCGGCUCCGCGCUGGACGCAGCUGGACGAGGGCAACUGGGCGACGCUCGAGGACAGCCUGCGCAACGUAACGGCGACACAAAACAGGGACCUGGAGGUGUACACCGGUGCCUUAGGCGUUCUUACGCUCAACAACAGCGACGGCGUGCCUACGGCGCUCUACCUGUCGGGGGCUAGCGGUAGCAAGAAGACCCUCCCGGUGCCCAGGUACUUCUGGAAGAUGGCCUACGAUCCACAGAGCCGCCUGUGUGCUGUCUUUAUCACUGUCAACAACCCAUUUGCCAACCAACAGGAGCUCGAAACGCGCUACCGCCUGUGUACAGACAUAUGUGGUAAGGUCAACUGGCUGACGUGGGACCAGUCCAAUCAGACCGCAGGGCUGUCGUACUGCUGCUCCUACGACGAUUUCAGGCGAGUUGUUCCGGGAGUGCCGGAACUUGACGUGAAAGGCUACGCGGUAAUUUCUUCCGGAGCUUCUGCAUUAGCGAUGUCACUCACUGCAACAUUAAUUGCAACUGUGACCUUAGUGAGUAGUUUCGGUGGAGUCUGA